UCUCUUAAAUAGAAAUAAACUCCGUCCAGCCUCUCGUCCAGUUCCCGUUCGGUUCCUCACCAAAAUUUCGUCCGAAAUUUGGAGGCAACAGCUAGGCUAUGGCAAAGAAGAAAGGCAAGAAGUUUAAAGUCCAUGGUUCACCUAUAAAACAUCCAAGUAAGAAGAUUGUAAAUAGAUCUAGGAAGAGGAAGAAAACAAAUUUAAAGAUAAAAUCAACGCCCAUACCUCUUGAUGGCCCUUCAUCUACUUCUGUGCUUGUUCCUGAUGUCAUACCCGUUGUUGCUACACCGUCCUCUACUAUUGCUCAUGACAAUCUAGCUACUAAAAGAAUGAAAGAGAAUGAAAGUAUAGUUAGAACUCCAGGGUUUAUAUUCAUGUGUAAUGGAAAAACAAAGCCUGAAUGCUAUCGAAAUCGUGUCUUCGGGCUACCAAGAGGACAAUUGGAAAUUGUGGAGAAAAUAAAGCCGGGUUCAGAGCUUUUCUUAUUUGACUUUGACUUAAAGCUUCUUUAUGGGGUUUACAAGGCAGCGUCAAAAGGAGAGUUGGGCUUGGAACCUGCUGCAUUCAAUGGGAAAUUUCCUGCACAGGUGAGGUUUAAGAUCUUUAAGGAGUGUUUGCCCCUUCCUGAGAAAGCUUUUAAACAUGCUAUUAAAGAUAAUUACCAUGGUUCCAAGUUCAGACAAGAGUUGACUAGCAAACAGGUGAGAACUUUAAUUUCCUUGUUCCGCCCCCUUACAUCAGCUACAGCUGCCACCACUCUAUCCAAUGCGGUCACGCCACAUACAUUCCCAGCUCAGCUACCAGCAUGGCUGCCUCUUCCAAGUGGCACACAGUUCCCUGGGGUGCAUGGCGGUGCCUUGCCGGUCCCUGUUUUUCGAUCAGAACAGGUGAUCUCACGCCUACCAUAUGACCAACAUGCACCAGAUACAUCUCUUGAGCGUUUGUUACCUCCUAUGGAGGUUCGACAUGUUCAGCAGGAUGCUUUUCCUCAUUGUAGUGAACCAUAUUAUUUGACAGAAGCACAUCAGCCUUACUUGUCUGACAAACCUUCCUUGUCUGUUCAGGAUUCUUAUGGAAGGUGUGGUCAAAUCCCGGACCUUAUUCAAAGGGUUCAAAUUGCCGGAUAUGGAGGUGAGUAUCAGACAUUACAAUUGACAAGGAAGAGAGAAAUUGUUCAGUGUCCGGAAAAUGUGGUUGAUUACUAUAGUCAAAACCUGCCUCCAGCUUCAGCUUCGCAUGUUUCGUUACAAACACGUCUGCAAGGAGAGUUAACGUCUUACCAAUCCCAUUAUCCUGUAACAUCUAACGAGGAUCUUCGCCAGGCUUAUGCUGACCCUCUUCAAAGGCCUGCGUCCGGCAGAUCUAGCUUGGUUAAAGCAAAUGUGUCAACACAUCCACCACGAGAAUUAUUAUCAUCUUACCAGCCUGAAGAUCUAGACCAUACAUAUGCUGAUCCUCUUCAAAGACCUCUAUCUGGCAGAUCUAGCUUGGUUGAGGCAAAUUUGCCGACGCAUCCACAAGGAGAAUUUUUUUCAUAUUACCAGCCUCAUUAA